AAGUGGUGAAUAGGAAGGGAGUGAGGGCGUGUUAUUGGUGAAGCGAAUUGCAAGAGAGAGCCCUUGAGACCAUACUCUCCCAACUCCAGAUUCAGAUUCACCACUCCAUCCCUCAAUUUUCCCUCCAUUAACAACCUCUUUAUUAUCCAUGUUCCUUGGUGAAUUUGCUAUUUAAGUUAACAAAGGAUUUUCUUCGCUAAUCAUCCCUCCGUCCAAGACCCCAAUUUCGUUCAAGUAAAUUCUCUAGAAGUGAUGUGCUACUUCUGUAUCAUAUGCUGAUUGAUGGAUCCUGAUUACAAGAAGUUUGGAAGAGGGCCAAGGGAACUUACAGGUGCAGUUGAUCUCAUAAGCCACUACAGAUUGUUUCCUCACCAUGAUUUCUUCUGCAAGAGAUCACUCCCUGUGUCAAUAUCAGAUACAUACUAUCUUCACAAUGUGGUUGGAGAUACAGAACUUAGAAAAGGAGAGGGGAUGCAACUGGGCCAGCUCAUGGGAGAUGCAUCCUUAUCGAAAGAAGCUAAUACACGUAUACGACCUUUCAACCUAGAUAUUCUUAGUGAAGCUUUUCAACUAAGGGAAACGGCUCCAGUUGACCUUCCUUCCCUGGAGAAGGGCACUCCUACAAUUGCUGGAAAAUCUGGAAGUGACUCUAAAGACAAGGGGAAAAAGCAUAAAAAGUCCAAGGAAAAAGAAAGAGACAAAGAUAAAGAGCACAAGAAGCACAAGCAUCGGCAUAAAGAUAGAAGCAAGGAAAAGGACAAGGAGAAGAAAAAAGAAAAAAGUGGGCGUCAUGAUUCUGGCAAUGACCACUUGAAAAUGCAUCAUGAGAAGAAAAGGAAGCAUGACGGGGAUGAGGAUGCAAACGGCAUUCAGAAACACAAGAAAAGUAAGCAUAAGAGCUUGAAGAUUGAUGGGAUGGGAGCAAUGAAAGCAGCAGGCUGAAAGUGGUGCUUAGUCUUUUUACUUUUGUCAUCACAUGUUGCACUUGAGAAUUUGUAGGAAUCUUUGCCUGCUGCUUGCAAUUUACCUAAGAUCUUUUAUCUGGUCUCACUCAAGAUUCCCUAGGAGGUGAAUUCACUUGCUGAAGUGAUUCAAGGUACAGAUUGGCAACGCACUCUUGUUUUAUGACAAAGGCUUUCAUAUUUGUGGUAGCCGUGUGGGGAAAACUCUAAUUGCGUUCUUUGGUUUCUAGAGAUGUAAUGGAUAUGUCACUUGCUUCAUUGAUGGGUUAGGGUUUUUCUCCCUUCUCAGAUUUCUAGUUAAAUAUCUUUCAUAGUCUAAUCUGCUUGGAGCUUUGGGCAGUCAAACGAGUAGGUCCGUAUGAUGCAAUGUUCUUUUAAACCUCAAAAGGUGUCAAAAAGUACCUAAUCUGUAAGGAUGUAACAUUAUGUAUCAUUAAGAAAUUAAGUCACAAGUUCCAUGACAGGGACAAACAGAAUAAAUAAUAACUUUGUCUUCAAAAUCA